AUGUAUACAUCAACUUCACGCCCUUUCAUCUGGGCAUAUUUUGCGAGUGCAGUUGUUGGCGCAUGUCCUCCUUUUAAAGGUUCUUUCAAUGCAACUAUUUUGGACCUUUAUCCAGAGAAUGCGGAUUGGGAUCCGGUGCACUGCAAAAUAUACUUUGGUCUCUACUACAAUGCCUCGGUUGCUGUUUAUGAUCCUUAUCGUGAUGAAUAUGAGGAGAUCAUUAUACCUGGAAUCACCGGCAAUGACGACUACUCCAUUACCGGAAUAGACUACGAUGGAAUGGGGUCGAUGUACUUUGCAGCUACUUCGUACACAGCCUUUGAAGCAACAACUUCUGGAAACCCAGCGCUGGCAAAUUUCACCGGCCCCAACAGUGUGAUUCAAUAUGACACCAACGACCGCACAAUUCGCUGGAUAACGGACCUGGUGCCGCUACAGAGACAAGUAUUCCAGCGAACAGGAAAGCUGAUCACCGGUUUCCAAGAUAUGGCAGAGGAUGGUCAAGGGAAUACCUACGUCAUAGGAACAUUUGGCCAGAUUAUUGUCAAGAUUAACAAGGCUGGUACGCCACAAAUAUGGUAUGAGCCAAAAAAUAUCAACGAUACUCUUCUUUCGGGUGGUAUUGUUCGGUCGGGAGACAAGAUUGUCAUUAACGAUCGAGUUGCUCCGGGGCUAUUAACCUUUGACAUCAACAAGUCCAAGGGAGUUCCGACCUAUGUGCAUCCGGAGGGAUUCCCGACUAACUACACCGGCGGAGGAGACGGUCUAAUGUUGCCGUCAAAAUAUGGUGGCAAGGUUAUCCUUUGGUCGGAUGACUUCUACGGUAACCGUGUGAUUGGGAGCAAAAACAACUGGAAGACGGCUGAAUAUCUCGGCCUGGUUCCUAUGGAUGAAACCCUGAGUAAAGAAGGUGGCUACACCACUGGCAGCUUUGAGGUUGGUCAUACAAUCUACUUUUUGACUGAAUUCUUCCAGCCCACGAGAUCUGUAGUGGCAAAGCAGAAAUUUCUCAUGGUGGAUGCCACGGAACAGGUAGAUGAGCUUGUGAAGGCUUGGGAGCGCAAGUCUUGGUAA